UCUAUAUAAAACCCCCCAGAGCCUCCUCUCUCUUCAUCACAUAACACCUCUCUUCUUCUUCUUCUUUCUUCCAUGGUGACCAUGAAUAGGGUUGCUUGGUUGGUGGUGGCGGUUUUGUGUUGUUUGAGGAAUGGAGCGGUGGAGGGAUUUCACGCUGUAUACGAGGAACUCAUGUCGGUUCCGGCCGCGGUCGUCGAUAACCAGUAUAGGACUGUCUUCCAUUUUCAGCCUCCAAGGAAUUGGAUCAAUGAUCCAAAUGGACCAAUGUACUACAAUGGCAUAUACCACUUCUUCUACCAAUACAAUCCAUACGGAGCCGUAUGGGGCAACAUUGUGUGGGGCCAUUCCGUCUCAACGGACUUAAUUAACUGGAUAGCGGUCGAACCUGCUUUGUACCCGUCUAAGCCCUUCGACGUUAACGGGUGCUGGUCUGGAUCCGCUACCAUCCUACCGGGUAACAAACCCGUUAUCCUAUACACGGGUGUCGACCCGAAAAACCGCCAAGUUCAGAACAUCGCUUUCCCUAAGAAUUUAUCCGAUCCGUAUCUCCGUGAAUGGGUCAAGCCCGAUUACAACCCGAUAAUGGAUCCGGAUAGCGGGGUCAACGCUAGUGCGUUCCGCGACCCAACAACAGCCUGGUACGGGUCAGACGGGCAUUGGAGGCUAGUAGUCGGUAGCAAAAGAAAGCAUAGAGGUUUGGCUAUUAUGUACCGCAGCAAGGACUUCAUACAUUGGAUCAAGGCGAAGCACCCGUUACACUCCGCUAACGGAACGGGCAUGUGGGAGUGUCCGGAUUUCUACCCGGUAUCGAUGGAGGGUAAAUUAGGCGUAGAUACGGCAGAAUACGGUAACGGGUUGAAGUAUGUGCUUAAAAACAGUUUGGAUGUGACCCGAUACGAGUAUUAUACGCUCGGUACCUAUUUACGGGAUAUUGAUAGGUAUAUACCGGACGGUACAUCUGCGGACGACGGGUCGGGUUUAAGGUAUGACUACGGCAAUUUCUACGCUUCGAAGACGUUUUAUGAUGAAGGGAAAAAGAGGAGGAUUCUGUGGGGUUGGUCGAAUGAGUCGGAUAGUAGCUUAGAUGACGUGGGCAAGGGUUGGGCUGGGAUUGAGGCAAUUCCUAGAGCAGUUUGGCUUGAUACAAAUGGAAGGCAACUCAUUCAAUGGCCAGUCGAGGAGAUUGAGACUCUUAGAGGGAAGCAAGUUUCAGUUAUGAACAAGAACGUUAAGAGUGGAGAAGUUGUUGAAGUCUCUGGAAUAAUGACGUCACAGGCUGAUGUGGAGGUGACAUUUCAAUUGUCAACCCUAGAUAAGAUUGAGCCAUUUGAUUCAAUGUGGACUGACCCACAAAAGCUUUGUGAGCAAAAAGGUGCAGAUGUUACGGGUGGGGUUGGGCCCUUUGGGCUCCUGGCCUUGGCCUCAGCUAACAGAGAGGAGCAGACUGCUGUAUUCUUCAGGCUCUACAGUUCUCCCAAGGGUUAUAUCGGCCUUAUGUGCCAUGAUCCAUCGAGGUCCACGGUGAGGCCAGGACUAUACAAACCAACCUUCGGAGGAUGGGUUGACGUCGACAUCAAGAAAAAUGGGAUGCUCUCUCUGAGGAGUCUGAUCGAUCGCUCCGUCGUGGAGAGCUUUGGAGCUGAGGGUCGAACAUGCAUCACAUCUAGGGUGUAUCCGAGCGUUGCGGUUGAUGGUGAUGCUCAUCUCUUUGUGUUCAAUAACGGAGCAGAAGACGUGAAGAUUUCAGAGCUCAAGGCAUGGGAGAUGAUGAAGCCUUCGAUGAACGGGAUAUGAUGUUGAAAUUGAGGGCCUUUGAAUUUGAGUUGUGUGCUGGUUUGGUUUUUGGUUUUAUGACCAUUGAGCAACAAUAAAAAUACUGUGAUCCUUCUUUUACUAUAAUAAAUAAAAUAAUGGAAUGUUUUCACCUUCG